UCAAUUGCAGUUGAAUAUAUACAAUGGCUCUCUCCAUAUCUUCACUUGCUCCCAUCUUCACCAUGCUAAUUGUUCUUGUGUUCCUGUCUUCCAUGGCUAAAUCAGACGUUCAUGCGACAUUCACCAUCUCUCCUUUCUCUGAUAAUAUUUGUGAUGAAGUCAACUGUGGAAGAGGAAACUGCUCAGCUGAUGUUACUAAACCAUUUGGUUUUGCCUGCAAGUGUGAUCCUGGAUGGCGCCAAACUCGAUCAGACAAAGAUGACGAUGAUCAUGAUGGUGAUGAUGAUUUUCAUGAAUUCCUACCAUGUGUCAUCCCUAACUGUACACUUGACUACUCGUGCAUGCCAGCUCCUCCGCCGAGCCCUCCUAUCCCUAAUAAUAUCUCUCUCUUUGAUCCUUGUUACUGGACAUACUGUGGAGAAGGUACAUGCAACAAGAAUAAUACAUAUAAGCAUACCUGUGACUGCAAGCCUGGAUACACCAAUCUCAUGAACAUCUCCCACUUUCCAUGCUUCAGCAGUUGUGCUAUUGGAAGCGAUUGCAGCAGGCUUGGAGUACGAUUGUUAGACGCGUCAUCCCCUAAUGGUUCUCCAUCUGGUGAUAGCAAUCAAGGUAUCAGAUUUUUUCCUGGCGGCUUUCAUUGGGUUGGAAUGAUAGUGAUGUCUAUAGCCAUGGCUCUGUGGAACUAGGAAACAUAUUUGGAUUGUAAAUUGUUUUGUUUAAGAGGCCUUAAUGAUGUUUUUGGUUUGUAUAUUUACAUGUAUCUAUCUAUCUAUUAUUGUUUGUAUAUAAAAAAUAAAAUCUUUUCCAUGUAGAAA